AUGUUUAAGCGUACAGUGCUCUCCUGCCCAUCCCCAGCAGCACCCCCACUACAGGCCCGAGGCGCUUUCCGGAGCUUCCCACACUUCUGGGGAGAAGACUUCUUAGCCAGCUUGAUGUUUAAAAUUCAGCUGGAGCCCUUAAAACUUCGAGCGUGGACGCUGAAUGGGUUUGUAAAGUUUCGAAACAAGGACACCAGUGCCGGUCCAGUGGCUGUGAUGGGAAAGGAUUACUACAAGAUUCUUGGGAUCCCAUCGGGAGCCAAUGAGGAUGAGAUCAAGAAAGCCUAUCGGAAGAUGGCCUUGAAGUACCACCCAGAUAAGAACAAAGAACCCAACGCUGAGGAGAAGUUUAAGGAGAUCGCAGAGGCCUAUGACGUGCUGAGUGACCCUAAGAAACGGGGCCUGUAUGACCAGUAUGGGGAGGAAGGCCUGAAGAGCGGCGGCGGUUCAUCAGGGGGCUCCAGUGGCUCCUUUCACUACACCUUUCAUGGGGACCCCCACGCCACAUUUGCCUCCUUCUUUGGUGGCUCCAACCCCUUCGAUAUCUUCUUUGCCAGCACUCGCUCCACUCGUCCCUUCAGUGGCUUUGACCCAGACGACAUGGAUGUGGAUGAAGAUGAGGACCCAUUUGGCUCCUUUGGCCGCUUUGGGUUCAAUGGGCUGAGUAGGGGUCCAAGGCGAGCCCCAGAACCACUGUACUCUCGGCGCAAGGUGCAGGACCCACCUGUGGUGCAUGAGCUGAGGGUGUCCCUGGAGGAAAUCUACCACGGCUCCACCAAACGCAUGAAGAUCACAAGGCGGCGCCUCAACCCUGACGGGCGAACUGUACGCACCGAGGACAAGAUCCUGCACAUUGUCAUCAAGCGUGGCUGGAAGGAAGGCACCAAGAUCACCUUCCCCAAAGAGGGCGAUGCCACACCCGACAACAUCCCUGCUGACAUCGUCUUUGUGCUCAAAGACAAGCCCCAUGCACACUUCCGCCGAGAUGGCACCAACGUGCUCUACAGUGCCCUGAUCAGCCUCAAAGAGGCACUGUGUGGCUGUACCGUGAACAUUCCCACCAUUGAUGGCCGAGUGAUCCCUUUGCCCUGCAAUGAUGUCAUCAAGCCAGGCACCGUGAAGAGACUCCGUGGGGAGGGCCUUCCCUUCCCCAAGGUGCCCACCCAGCGGGGAGACCUCAUUGUUGAGUUCAAAGUUCGCUUUCCAGAUAGAUUAACACCACAGACAAGACAGAUCCUUAAGCAGCACUUACCGUGCUCCUAGGCCCUGCCCCAGCCAGCCCAGAGCCUUCCACAGCAAUAGCCCCACACUCACCCCACCCAUUGUGCACCCAGCUUGAUGUCCGCUGGACACUAGCAACUCUUUCUAAAUGCAAAAAAAACAAACAAAAAAAACCCCACUGGUUUUCAGGGAAAAUGUUCCUGUCCCUGACCCCUUUCAGAGCCGGGCUGCCUUGG